AUAAAAAAAAACCGAUCGAGACCAUCACGAGACAUGGGCCCCUCCAAAAAGGCCGCGAAAUCCUCCUCCCAGAGUCAGAGUCGCGGCGGCAGCAGAAAUGAACCCAAAAAAUCGUCGAGGGGUACAACUACUAUUCGGGGCAAGCACCAGCACCGGCCGCACAAUCAUGGUGCUGAAUCGGCCGCCGCGAAUCAGAUCGAUCUCUCCGCGACCAUCCCGCUGACCCUCCAGCAACUGCUCCUGAACGUUUUCAAGGCGGCCUUGCUCACGCAUCGAGUGCCUAGCAGCAUUAGCAGCAGCAGCAGUCGCUCUGAGAAACGCGAUGGCGAUGGCGAGGGUGAGGGUGAGGGUGACGAGGCUGAGCAACAGCAGCAGCAGCAGCCCCAACUGGACAUCAAAGGCCUCAUCCAGACCAUCAAGUCGCAUCUGUACAAUCGGGACUUCGACUCGGCGUUUACGGACGCCGAUGAGGAGCUCCUGCGUGCGUAUGCUCUGCGCUGGAGCUCGUCGCGCGCGUUGGGCUAUGCGGGCAUCUUUAGGGCUUUGUUGGGGGUGCUGUUGAAGCGUGAGGGUCGGUUUGCUGGCGCUACUACUUCGGCGGUUGAUGGUGAUGAUGCGGAGGAGGGGGAGGAGGGGGUUAGCGGUCAUGUGGUUUGUAUUGGUGGCGGCGCGGGGGCUGAGAUCGUUGCCCUUGCAGCUGCUUGGAGGGAUUGGAGUGAUGUUUUUGGGGAUGGUAGGAUGAGGAAGAGGAGGCAGCUGGCUGCACGAACCCUCGCUGCUGCUGUGGAUGAUCUCUCUUUGCACGAGACGAAUGGACCGGAGGCUCAGGCUACUGCCACGGUCGAGGAUUCGUCGACACCCGAUGGACGACAACAACAACAACAACAACACCAACAACGCCACCGGCUCUCCGUCACAGCCAUCGACAUCGCGGACUGGUCGCCCAUCGUCGACCGACUGGUCUCCACCAUCCGGUCUCCCGCCGUCGCGGGGUCGGACGCGCAUCCCGCUCCUUUGUAUCGAGACGCGGGGCUCAGCAUUGGCCCGGACGCGCAGAACGACAGUGCACGGACAUCGAGCAGCAGCUUCCAGGUGGGCUUCCAGAAGCUGGACGUCCUUUCGGCCUCGGAGAAGGAGCUGCGGAGGCUGGUACAGCCGGACACUGCCAGCGGCCCCGUCCUGGUGACGCUGAUGUUCACGCUGAACGAGCUGUUUUCGACCUCCAUGGCCAAAGCCACGGGCUUUCUGCUGCGGCUCACGGACAUGCUGCGGCCGGGUGCGGUGCUGCUCGUGGUCGACAGCCCCGGUAGCUAUUCUACGUUGAAACUCGGGAAGAACAGCGCCGGUGGCUCGGGCGAGUCGACGAGUAGCAGCACGUCGGAGCGACAGUAUCCGAUGAAAUUCCUGCUGGAUCAUGCGCUGCUCUCCGUCGCGGCAGGGAAGUGGGAUCGGCUGUUCUCGCAGGACUCGCGCUGGUGGAGGCGCGAUGCGGCGCGGCUGCGGUAUGGUGUGGGGGAUGCGGCGGGCUUGGAGGAUAUGAGGUUUCAGGUGCAUAUCUAUCGCCGCUUGGCGGAUUGA